AUGUUAGCUGAUGAUUUACUUAUGUUCUGCAGAGGUGACCCUAUUUCUGGUACAAUGUUGUUUCAAAAGUUCCAAAAAUUUUCUCAAGCUUCUAGCCUUGAGGCUAACCUUGACAAAAGCAACAUGUAUCUGUGUGGUGUUCCUGGGUUAGUGCAGACUCAGAUCCUUGAUAGUCUUCAUAUCCCGGUUAGUGAUUUCCCUUUCAGGUACCAGGGGAUUCCUUUAUCCACUAAAAAGCUCUCAUACAUUCAAUGUAAGCCAAUGAUUGAGAAGUGUCAGAUCUUUAUGCUACCUAAGAAAGUAAUCAAGAAAAUCAAGGGGUAUUACAGGUUAUUUAUGUGGACUGGAGAUACUUCAUCUUCGAAAAAGGCUUUGGUAUCAUGGGCUACUUUGUGUCUUCCUAGAACUGCUGGUUGUUGGAAUAUCAGAGACAUGUAUUAUGGAACAAAGCUGCUAUGUUGUCCUGCUAAUAUGUCAUGGGCAAUGAAAAAGAUCUUUGGUUGUAUGCCAUUGGUAGAAGGGCUUUGUGGCCUGCAUACUAAAGUUCCAUGGAGGAGAGUGGUCUGUAACAAUGCUGUUACUCCUAAGAGCUUGUUCAUCCUCUGGUUGGUUAUGUGGAAAAGAAUCCCUACACUUGACAUGUUAAUCAAAUGGAACAUUGUCUCUUCUGACAGUUGCUUACUCUGCAGUUCAGAUUCUGAAUCAGGUGAACACUUCUUUUUUGGGUGUGGAUUUUCCUCCCAGAUAUGGCAGAAAAUACUGGAUUUGUUACACUUCAGAAGGCUUGCUUCCUAUUUUACUACCGAACUGGAAUGGAUCAUUACAUGCAGCAAAAAAGGUGGAGAUAGACAGAAGCAACUGGUGAUGUUCUUUGUUGAAGCUCUGUAUUCCAUUUGGCUCAACAGAAAUGAUAAACUCUAUAACUAG